AUGGAUCGUGUCAUGAUGACGGGCGCGUUUUGGGAAGGGAUCGUGCAGGGCGUUGGCAUGAAGACGCCGACAUCUCCGACGGCCAAGGAGAAGUGCCCCGUGCUCAUAUGCCCAGCGCAGCUGAGCGUUCCGGGUGACUACGGACAGAUGGUCACAGAGCUGAAGGAAAGGGGCUUCCCCGCGUAUUGCGCAGACCUGACGAGAUUUGGGUGGAUCACGGGGUUGCUUCCCUCGGCGCUGUCGCCGGAGUACUUGAAGGGCGAGCUCACACCGGCCAACACCCUAAAGUUUUACUACGAGGCAAUAGAUCGGGCGCUGGAAGAAAUAAAAGAGAGACAUCCCGGGCAGGGGGUGCAUGUCAUCGGGCAUAGCAUAGGGGGCUGGGUUGCCCGCGCUUGGCUCGCGGAGGGAUGUGCGGACACAGACCGAGAAAAUGUGCUCAGCCUCACGACGCUAGGAACUCCAAACACGGCCCCCCCGGAAGAUGCCGGGCUAUGGGCCGCCGUGGACCAAACGCGGGGGCUCCUGAAGGAUAUCAACGCUAGAUUUCCAGGGGCGCACGUGGAAGGCGUACGGUACACGAGCGUCGCGGGGACUGCGCUGGAAGGAAAGUUCCCAGGGAGCGUGGAGCAAAUGCUUGCGUACGUAAGCUACCUACCUCUCUGCGGGGACGGCGGGUCUCGCGGUGACGGCAUUAUUCCGCUCGACGUGGCUGUACUGGAGGGCUCCACCGUUGUCGAAUUGCCAUCGUCCAAACAUUCAGGCUUUGUUCCCUUCCCUGGAGACGCGAUCGACCUUGGCGAGGAUUUCCUGUGGUAUGGAAGCAGCAGUUUAAUGGAUUCUUGGGUGGGCAACCUUGAUGAGGCGGAACAACAUAGAAGGGGUACAAGACGACAAGCUGCCUGGAGGAAAUCGGGAGGAAAGCAGUGGUGA